UGCAGCAGCAGCAUCGGGACUAUGUCGAUCCAGCCGUAUAGUGGCCAUCGGACUUGCUUUUGUCAGCCGUCAUAGUUUCUAUUCACGGCCGGGCUUUGAAGUGGUGUGGCCUAGACGCCGACGUGUAUUUUCGGCAUUCAGACAGGAACUGUCGCGGUGUCGCUCCCCCGGAGAGAAAAAGAGCAGUUUAUGGUGCUGCGCGCAGAUGCAUGCGUGAAGGGAGACGGAGAGAAGGCUGGAAUAAUACGCGAUUAAGGAUAUCCCCAUGCAGCUCGCCGUUAUUUUGAGACUGGACCGAAACAACGGACGGGAUUAAGAAGUACAGCAUUCACAGAGUGGAAAGGACUACCAUGCAUGUUGCACCCAACCGCAGCUGAAGACACUGUUCCUGAGAAGCAGCGGUCAAGCCAUGGAGGACCCGUACAAGGAUGGCCUUCCCGUGGACAUGGCAACAACGGCGGGUGCCCAAGGAUCGGAGAUGUGCCCCAACGGCACACUACCAGGUGGGGAGGCCGUCGGAAAACUUGAUAACGAAGAAAACCCUGUCGUUCCCACGGACGCGUGGAACGUGGGUUCCCCACCCUUGGCCAAGAGGUCCUUAUCUCCCCUACUUGGAGUACCAGGGAGCACGCCUGUUGUGACGCAGACCACCGACUCACCAGGAGGAGGGGUCGCCCUCAAGGUGGCCACGACCGUCUUCCAGCCCCUUUGUCUAGGUGACAGCCCAAUGGUGCUGCCCAUCCUGGCAGGGGCGACUGGAGCACAGGUGGGGCAGACCGCAGGUGCGGCGCCUUACCUGAUGACGGCCCAAGGGCCCGUCUCUCUGCCCCUGGUCCUGGAGCAGCAGGUGUUCCAGCACCUGGCUCCCCAGAUGUUGUCGCAGGGCGGGCCCUGUCCCACGCUAUCCUUGCCCAACAACAUCCUGUGCCAGAACGCUUCCAUGGCACUCCCGCCUCCUCCGCCCCCUACGCCGCUGGACCAGAAAGGAGGGGUUCCCAUGCUGGACCAGAGCCUAAUGACGCUCCUCCAGAACCCCAAUUUUGCGGCCAUCCUGCAGGACCUUUUCCCCAACCAGGGCGGCACCUCGCCCACCUGUCACACGGCCGGCUCUCCCCAGCCGGACACUUUCUCGACAGGUUUCUUCCCACCUCCACUACCGCCACUUCCACACCCUUAUAGUUCCUCAUUGGCUCCCCUGGUGCCUCCAGCCACUUUGCUGGUUCCCUAUCCCAUAGUUGUACCUCUUCCGGUUCCCCUUCCCAUCCCCAUCCCCAUCCCUAUUCCAAUACCACAGGCGGAGGACACAAAAGUGGCCCCGGACCCUCCCAAGCCAGUGUGCACAUUUAGCCAGGGUACACAGACUUCGGCAAAAGACUUUGCCCCUAGUGUACCAUCGCCCAAUGUAGACACUGCCGCUCCACUGCAACAACAAUCCCCCACAUCCCCAUCUAGUCUUUCCAGUAUGGCAGAGGGGGAGGCUCUGGAUCUAUCUGUCAGGGCACCUCCCAUACAGACAAAGCAGGAACCAGUUUGCCACCAGCAUCAGGAGAAUGUCCUUGACCUGUCCAUUGGUGGAGUAAGAAAGACCUGCAUUCAGUCUUGCCGUUCAAACGGGAGUUUAGAGGGCGAGAGAGAUCGACUUUGUAUGCCGGGUCAGGAGAUGGGGCCGUCAGGAGCCAUCUCGUUAGGGAUGCUACGGCAAGUGGAGUGUCCACCCAAGCUGGACUCGAAGCUCCUGAGCGGCCUGGCAUCUUUGGAAUUUAGUCGGCAGCACAAGUGGGUCAUGGACAGCGCCAGCAGCAGCUCCAUGGCUGGCGCGGUCCACGACGCGGGCCUCGGCGGCGGGGGAAACAUAGAGAUCGUCAGCACCUCGCAGACCGCCAAGGUCAUCGUGUCGGUGAAGGACGCCAUGCCGGCCAUCUUCUGCGGCAAACUCAAGGGCUUAUCCGGGGUCUCCACCAAGAACUUCUCCAUCAAGCGAGAUGCGGCGCAGGCCGGAUACGCCGCCUUGCCCCGCGCCCCUUCGGACCCGAGAGGGGCAGGGGACCCCAAUGACCCACUCAAGAAAAUGUCCAAGAACAGAUCCAUCAAACUGAAGAAGGUCAGCUCUCAGGAGAUCCACAUUCUACCGAUUAAGAAGCAGCGGCUAGCAGCCUUUCUACCCAGGAAGUGAGGGGACAGGGCGCCAGGUAGUCGACGUGAGGGUACAGGUCAGGUAUACAUGAUGUGGGACUGGAGGGAGAGAUGGAGAGAGCGAGGAGUGGAGAAAAGGAUGGAGAGGAGAGAAGGAUGGAGCAAGGGAGACAGAAACCCAACAGUUGAUUGGACUUGAAGAGGUUCUGGGACACUCUCCAAGUCUAUCAAAGCGAUUAAGACCAGUCCAGACAGGCGGUCUUUGAAGGGCACUUGACCCAGAAGUGAGGGUACAGGCCAGGUACAUGAAGAGGGAUUGGAAGGGAGUGAUAGAGAGCGACAGAGAGAGAGAGAGAGAGAGAGAGAGAGAGAGAGAGAGAGAGAGAGAGAGAGAGAG